UUGAAAAGGCUUUGAAACCAGCCAGGUAUUACCAGAGCUGAGUCGUUCUUAGUCCCGUCAGUCGUACCACAUAGCAAGUAUUUACCCCACGGGAUCGAGCAGAGAUAAUGAAUAUUGAUCCCAACAGUGCCCUAUCCCGCGUUCCACCUGAAAUCUUCUCCGAAAUCUUCUCUCUGGCUUCGGAUGGUCAGUCGCUGCGCUACAACCAAGGGCUUUGGUCUAUAGGAAGGGUUUGUGGUCGCUGGCGCUCCAUUGUUUUGUCAGACCCAACGUUAUGGGCACACCUGCGCAUAUCGCUGAAAUGGGCAGUAGAUGAGGAGCCGAUUCCCUACAAUGUGCUGCCAUAUGAUGGAGGAUUUCCUUGGAAUGCAUCCGUCUUCCCUUCCUCGAUGGGAGAAGCACCAGAACAUCAUACACAGGAAAUUGUCGCACUGGCAGAUGAAGCUCUAGCUUCACUCCCCGUGAUCAGAGAUUACACAUGCAUCACGCCACGUACAGUUGCAUUGCUCUUGAAGCACCUUUCACGCUCCCAGGCUGCUCCUCUCACCAUCGAUCUAACUGCUCCCUCAAAUCGAAUGCUUUCCACUGAUGUGUAUCUUAUGCGGUUUUUCCAGUUGAUCUUUUCGCAGUCGCGUCGCUUCAAAGACUCGGCACCAUUAAGCAUCUGAAGACGCUUGUCUCUUCAUCGUUUGCCUUUGAGGAACUCUCCUUGUCAAACCUAGUGUCAUGCCAUCUUGUCCUUGCAGGCACCUCCACGCCUCCACCUACUGGUCAACCAAUCAAGGGACGGCUCAGCAAUUUACGUGAGC